CUGAAAAUUUUAUUCCCGUCAAACUCUUUACCCCGUGAGCAGUCUAAAUUUUCGCCUCGAUCUUCCGGAUUCAACCAUGCUGACCCGUGCCUGGAACCCUCGGAGCACGCGCCUGCUCGGCAGCAUUUGCCGUCGCUUUUCCCACGCGCAGACGGUGGUCGGAGCGGAAAAGUGCGCCAGUCCGCCUUCGCGCGGCCUCGUGCUGGGAAUCUACUCCGACUCGGACGAGGAGAGUGGCCUGCUGACGCCGAAUGCGGCCAAGUACAAUGAGGACUACACCCACGGCGCGCUGAUGGACAUGCUCCGGAUCGCGGGUCCGAUGCCACGGCGCGGCGAGGCCCGACUGUUCUUCAACCUGGAACCGACCUAUUCGGUGGUGGCCGUGUGCGGCCUGGGCAGCGACUGUCUCGGGUACGAUCCGGUCGAGAAGAUGGACCUGUCGAAGGAGGCGAUCCGGCUGGCCUCGGCGACCGGCUGUCAGGAGCUGCAGAAGCUCAAGACGAGCCGGAUCUACGUGGAGGACUUUGGCCACGCCGAAUCGGCGGCGGAAGGUGCACACUUGGGGCUGUGGGUGAACCAGGAAAUGCGAGCCGUUGAACGCCGGCAGUUUAUACCACAGUUGCAGCUUUACUACGAGCCGUCGCUGCCGUGCGAUUCCAACGGGUGGAGAAUUGGGUUGGCAAAGGCGGAGGCGCAGAACCUGGCGCGGCAGUUGAUGGAAGCCCCAGCUAAUCACAUGACUCCGACAAGCUUCGCUCAGAACGUGGUGCACAUUCUCUGCAAUUCUGGGGUGAACGUGGAGGUGAAGGUUCGCAGCUGGGCCGAGAGUCAGGGCAUGGACGCGUUCCUAACCGUGGCCAAGGGUUCCUGUGAGCCGCCAAUCUUCCUGGAGCUAAGUUACUACGGUACCAAAAUGAGCGAUCGCCCGAUCGUUCUCAUUGGCCAGGGCAACACCUACGACAGCGGUGGCAUUUGUGCCAAGAAGAUUCACGCGCUUAAGGAUAUGCGAGGGGACAUGGCGGGCGCUGCCAGCGUGGUCGCAACCUGCCGCGCAAUCGCCGCCCUUAAACUUCCGGUCAACAUUCGCGCCCUCAUCCCACUUUGCGAGCACAUGAUCGGUUGUAACGCCGUCAAACCCGGAGAUGUCGUAACGCCUCGUAAUGGCAAAAGCAUCGAGAUUGAAAACGCAGACUACGAAGGAGCGCUGGUCCUGGUUGAUGCCCUCCAGUACGCGGGAAGUUUCGGUCCAAAGUACAUCGUUGACGUGGCGACCCUCUCCGACCACGUGCUGGAAUCGUUCGGCAAGGUGUGCAGCGCGGUUUUCACCAACUCGGAAGAACUGUGGCAGCGGAUCAAGCACGCCGGCGUCCACACCGGAGACCGGAUGUGGCGACUGCCGCUGUGGGACUAUUACACGCAGCAGAUGACCUCGGCCGAACACGUGGACGUGCAGAACGUGGGACGGGGCGUCGGUGGAGAAUCGUGCAAGGCUGCGGCACUGCUGAGGGAGUUUUUGCCCUGCGGCCAGUGGAUGCACAUCGAUACGUACAACGUGAUGACCACCAAGGGCGAGGACUUUCCGUACCUGCGCCGGGGAAUGGCCGGACGACCCACCCGGACGCUGAUUGAGUUUAUUGCGCAGGCCUGCUGUAAGGAGCAGUGACGCGGUGCUGAGCUAUUUAUGUAUUUAUUGCUGUUUUAUUUAUUUUGUAUCGAUGGAAUAAAUUAAUUUUGUCAGAA